AGAAGAACACCCUGCAUUGCUGGAAAAUCCGCAAAGUGAAAGCAAAAAAGUUCUAAGCUUCAAAGAAAAAGAAGAAGAAGCAAUGCUAAAAGGGAGAUUCUCGUUUUUUGGAGGUGGGGAUUCCCAUUUGGUGGAUAACAAUUCACCAAAGGGUGAAGAACUCCUCCCUACACUGAAGCUUGAAACGGAUAGACAAGUUUAUAGGCCUGGUGAUCCAGUUGUUGUCACCAUUCAGAUCUCAAAUCCCUCAAAUGGGUAUUCAUUUUUGAUUGAAAGACUCAGUUUUGAGAUCAGAGGCAUUGAGAAAUUGGAUACUCAGUGGUUUGCCACACAGAAGCCUUUGCCUGGUUCAAAGCAAAGGAGAGGUGAACAUGUUUUUUUAGACUGCUCAACACCGAUCUUAGUUGCAAAUCAGAUUGUUAAUGCUGGCACCAGCAAAUCAUAUGUGGUGCGGUCUCAGCUGCCUAGCAUUAUUCCGCCAUCUUACAAGGGUUCAAACAUUCGGUAUUUAUACUAUGUUAAAAGUGCAUUAACAGGAGGGUGGCUAAUACUGGAGAAUGGGCAAUCUCGUGGCGAGUCCACAACUGAUGUUACUGAUUUGGAAGUUCGUAUUCCAUUACAAAUAUGGGUAAAUCAGAAAAGCAGCGGUUUUCCGAUGGAUGAUGAUAUUGUUCCUUUAACUUCUGCACAACUGGAUAUAUUUUGGAAAGAGAUGGAUGGAGAUGCAGAUUGGGUUAGAGCAAAUGAUAUUGAUGAUCGUGUUGAGGAGGGCUAUGACAGCUCAAGGGAUGACGUCUCAUCUGUUUCUUCGUAUAACCCCAUGAAAGAAAAUCUACACAGAGGCUUUGGAAGUUCUCUAUCAUUGCGAUCUUCUUCUGCAAAAUCAUUGACCCGAGAUGCUUCUGCUUUAGAAGGUUUUAGGACAAGUUUAUCUUCAAAUGUGGCACUUCCUCGGCUGUCUGUUGCUGAAGUGUUAAAUGAUUCUGAUGUCUUAUCGACGCAGAAGUCAUUUACCAUUGUCUCCCCAAGUGAGCAACAGAAGUUCAGAAAGCCAUUUUCUGAAGAAGAUGAUGCAGGAGUAUCCUCUUCACCAGAAGCCGGAGCUGUUGAAUCUUUAUCAUCAGAAGGCUUCGUUAGAGGAAGGUCUUAUAACAUCAGACUCGAUGAUCAAGUUUUGCUUAAAUUUUCCCCUAAAAAUUCUGAUUCAACUUAUUACUUCAGUGACAUGAUAGGUGGGACUCUUACUUUCUUUCAUGAAGAAGGAGCUAGGAGAUGCCUUGAGAUCUCAGUAACAUUGGAAACUUCGGAAACUAUAAAUCGGCGAUUUGUCCACCCUUCUAGAAGGAAUUCCCCUACAAUCACAAAGGUUCAGAGUGAUCAUCAUGAGGUCGUCGCAGAUUUGGUACAGACAAGCUUUCUUUUUUCUAUCCCUAUGGAUGGUCCAAUGUCCUUCUCCACUCCACGUGUAUCUGUGCAAUGGGUUCUCCGCUUUGAAUUUUUCACAACUCCAAAGCACGUGGAUUGGAAAAAGUACGAGCAUCCUCUUCUGAUCGAGGGGAGGGAAAAAACUGAAUGGGUUCUUCCAAUUACUGUGCAUGCUCCACAACCUAGGACUCCUGCUUCUGGCACAAGAAAGGAUAAACUUUUCUCUCUGGAUCCUUUAUGGGUGCAAAAUUGAAGUUCAAAUAAACUGGGGCUGAAAUGUGUGCAAUCGACCAUCUUGGCCUUUUUAAUAUUCCUCAAGCUUCAUUCUUAAUGUACAAAAUUUUCACAAGACAGCAGCCAGUGAAAUUUCGUAAUGAUCUUUUGUAGCACACCAGAAUUCGGACAAUUGUUCGCGAUCAGUUAGCUCUAAAGUUUGCCAGAGGUCUUGGAGUACAGUAUUCUUUUACCUGUUGUUUCUUGUUUUUCUUGUUUGCCUUUGGUACUGGGCUGAUUUAUGUCAAAUAGUUCAUCUAGUUCUUAAUUUCCUUUUUUUCGUUUUUAUU